GGCUUAACACAUUACAUGUAGCACAAACCGGUGUACAGCAACUUAGUCAAUGGACAUUCGAGAGCCAAGAAGAGUUUCAUAAAUAACAACCUCAACAACACUCCUCUGCGACUGUUAUAUUUAUUUUAAAGGCUUCUUGUUUCUAGCGCUGAGAGUUUUAUCCGGGCUGUGAUCAGCAGUGAAGAUGUCAGUGGUGGGGUUUGAUGUGGGUUUCCAGAGCUGUUAUGUUGCUGUGGCUCGGGCCGGUGGGAUUGAAACCGUAGCAAACGAAUACAGCGACAGAUGUACACCGUCAUUUGUAUCAUUCGGUCCUCGUAAUCGGUCGAUCGGGGCAGCUGCUAAAAGCCAGGUGGUCACAAACUGCAAGAACACUGUUCAGGGUUUUAAGCGAUUCCAUGGCAGGGCGUUCAGCGACCCGUAUGUGGAAACCACACAGUCCAGUCUGGUCUAUGAUCUUGCACAGAUGCCUAAUGGAACCACCGGCAUUAAGGUCAUGUAUAUGGAGGAAGAGAAGCUGUUUGGCAUCGAGCAGGUCACUGCAAUGCUGCUGACCAAACUGAAGGAGACCGCAGAAUCUGCACUCAAAAAGCCUGUGGCGGACUGUGUCAUCUCUGUUCCCAGCUAUUUUACAGAUGCCGAGAGAAGAUCAGUGAUGGAUGCUGCACAGAUCGCAGGCCUCAACUGUCUCAGACUCAUGAAUGACACUACAGCAGUUGCACUGGCGUAUGGCAUCUACAAACAGGACCUGCCUGCUCCAGAGGAAAAGCCCAGGACUGUUGUGUUUGUGGAUGUUGGCCAUGCUGGUUACCAGGUCUCUGCAUGUGCCUUCAACAAAGGCAAGUUAAAGGUUCUGGGCUCUGCGUUUGACCCUGAGCUGGGCGGAAAGGACUUUGACGAGGUGCUAGUGAAGCAUUUCUGUGAGGAAUUUGCCCAGAAGUACAAGCUGGAUGUGCGAUCGAAGCCCCGCGCUCUGGUUCGCCUUUAUCAGGAGUGCGAGAAGCUGAAAAAACUGAUGAGCGCAAACUCCUCAGACCUGCCACUCAACAUCGAGUGCUUCAUGAACGACAUCGAUGUCAGCAGCAAACUCAACAGAGCCAAGUUUGAGGAGCUUUGUGCGGGGCUGCUGGCCAAGGUGGAGGCUCCCUUGCAAAGCAUCAUGGAACAAACCAGGCUGAAGAAAGAGGACAUCUAUGCAGUGGAGAUCAUCGGCGGCGCCUCCAGGAUUCCAGCCAUUAAAGAGCGAAUCAGCAAGUUUUUUGGAAAGGAGUUGAGCACCACGUUGAAUCUGGAUGAAGCUGUGGCCAGAGGAUGUGCACUGCAGUGUGCAAUCCUGUCGCCUGCUUUUAAAGUGCGCGAGUUCUCCAUCACAGACGUGGUGCCUUACCCAAUCUCUCUGAAGUGGACUUCAGCAGCAGAUGAAGGCGUCAGUGAUUGUGAAGUUUUCCCAAAGAAUCACGCCGCACCCUUCUCGAAAGUGUUAACUUUCUACCGGAAGGAACCCUUCACCUUGGAGGCCUACUACAACAAUCCUAAAGCCCUGCCCUAUCCCGAUCCUACCAUAGGUCAGUUUACCAUCCAUAAGGUGGUUCCUCAGGCAUCAGGAGAGAGCUCCAAAGUGAAAGUGAAGGUCCGAGUAAAUGUUCACGGGGUCUUCAGUGUUUCCAGCGCCUCAUUGGUGGAACUGCUGAAACCCGGCGAGGGAGAAGAGCCAAUGGAGACGGACACCCCUGCCAAAGACGAAGAGAACAAGAUGCAAGUGGAUCAAGAGGCGCAGAAGGCUCAAGCUGAUGAUCAGAAAGAACAAGCUGACAAGAAAUCAGACACUGAAGACAUGGAGACUUCACCAGAAGACAAACAGGAGAAGAAGAAUGAUCAGCCUCCACAGGCCAAGAAAGCCAAAGUGAAAACCAAGACGGUGGAUCUGCCCAUCAUGAACAGCCUGCAGUGGCAGCUCGCCAGCGACGCGCUCAAUCUCUUCAUGGAGAACGAGGGGAAGAUGAUCAUGCAGGAUAAACUGGAGAAAGAAAGGAACGAUGCGAAGAACUACGUGGAGGAAUACGUUUAUGAAAUGAGAGAUAAACUGCAUGGAGUGCUGGAGAACUUUGUCAGCGAGGCGGAGCGCGAUUCUUUCUCCCUUAAACUGGAGGACACUGAAAACUGGUUGUAUGAAGAAGGAGAGGACCAACAGAAACAAGUGUACAUUGACAAACUGGCAGAGUUAAAGAAACUGGGUGAUCCUAUUCAGAGCCGAUACAUUGAGGCGGAGGUGCGACCUAAAGCUUUCGAGGAGCUCGGAAGACAAAUCCAGCUGUACAUGAAAGUUGUAGAGGCUUUUAAAGCAAAGGAUGAGCUGUAUGAUCAUCUGGAUGAGCUGGAGAUGGUGAAGGUGGAGAAGCAGGUGAAUGAUGCCAUGACCUGGAUGAACAACAAAAUGAACCUGCAGAGCAAACAGAGUCUCAGCCAGGACCCCGCCGUUAAAGUGCAAGAGAUCCAGACCAAAACAAAGGAGCUGUACUCCGCUUGCAAUCCCGUUGUCACCAAAUCCAAACCUAAAGUAGAGCCUCCAAAAGAGGAGACGGCAGCCGAACAGAACGGCCCCGUGAACGGACAGCAGCCUUCAGACGCUCAGCCAGAGAAAUCUCCAGAAAACACAGAGGCCAAACUUCCCGAAAUGGACAUUGACUAAAUCUGCUCGACCUCUUCUGUGUGCGUCCAGCCUCUCUCACGCCUCAGAAACAAACAAAUGUACACUGAUUUUGUUGAAGCCGGCUUCGAAACUCAGCCAAUGCUCUCUUGCUUUCGAUGCCGUUUAUCUUGUUUUUGUUUGUUUGUUUGCGGUUUAAAACAGGAGACCAGGAUCCUUUUUUUUAGUUCUUCAUCAAUUAAAAAGCAGAACAGGAUGAGAACCCGACCUCCUCAUUUUGGAGAUGCUUAGCAUUGAAGAUUUAAAGCACUUAGACUAUCUACACAAGUGAAAUACUUGGCGAUAAAAGCACGGAAAUGCUGGAGAAGCGGAUGUUGAGCUGACAGAAGAGCGUUUGAGGCAUGUAUGCGCUGUAUGUUGAUGUAGAUCUGCAGUGUUUGAUCGUGAGCGGUGCGUUUGCCUGUUUGUUUGUUUUUCUUUUCCUUUUCUACCUGUAACAAGUGGAGACCAAUUGGGUGUUCACUCCAGUCGCAAAUAUAAUAAUAAUAAGAAUGAUAAUAAACCAUUUUUGGUAUACA